UUCCAUUCAAGUUCUGUUAUCACACGUCUACCAAUUUUCAUAGGUCUGUUUUUGUAAAAACGUAAUUCUAUAAUCCAUCGAUCUUGUUAUCAUUUGAGGCUGAGAUGGGCUGGAAAAAUUUUAACGCGAUUCAUUAUUAUUUAUUAGAACAUAAACAAACGGGACACAACCGAUUAAGCUCCAUGAUUCUUAUGAUCAGCUGAUGCUUUCAGUUUUACGAGCGUCGCCAGCAGCUUGAAUGUAAAUUUCAUACGUUUUAUGUAAUAUGUUUAUAAAAGAGAUUUCGAUGACUCAUUUUAGUUUGCGAACGAUCCCACAAUUAAACAAUCGUAUUUUCGUCUACGCAAAGUAUAGAGUGGAAGAGUCAACAUUAGAUGAACGGUAUAUUCGGCAAUAAUGUUGUUAUGCGUUAUACUAUGAAGGCAACAUUUGUUAUUGCGACAUUGAUAACCUGCGUAUUAGCAUUAGAAGAGGAAUUAUUGCAUUAUGUUAGUGACGAUGUACCUGGUGGCUCUUACAAAUAUUACAGCUUGACAUACGACGGUUAUAUCAAAAUACGAUUAACAUCGAUAACAGGUGAUGCAGAUUUAUAUGCAUCGCAAACUACAACUAAACCAACGUAUGAACCGGAUCAUUAUUGUUUGCAAUCGACAACUUGUGGAGAAGAUAUUAUUUUCAUCCCUAAAAGUUUUAAACGACCUGUGAGUAUCGGCGUUUAUGGCCAUCCGUCGCAUGAAAUUAGUAAAUAUACUCUAUUGGUUUCUGAGUUACUGAUUGAAGACGAUAAUAUACUAUACGAUCAAACAUCAAGAAAUAAUUAUAAAGAUCGAGAUAAUAAAAAUAUAUCGAUAAAUAUGUUGGAAUAUGAAAAUCAAAUCUUUCUUGAAAUCAUCCAAGAGGAUGGAUUAGUUAUUACAGCUAAGGGUCUUGGUAUAGAAACUGUUUUUGUUAAUGUAAUAAAAGCUUAUUUGGAUCCAGGCAACUUAGUUAUAAUCUUAGGAACCACUGAUCAUGAUGAGCAUUACUUCAUUGAAUUGCUUAAAAGUUAUGGAACUAACACAUUGCCACGUGUUGUCAAUGCUGAAUGUCCUUCUAAUGAAAGGGAAAUAAUGUAUCUGGAAGGUGGAGUGUUGUUUAUAUCAGGCCGUAUCUUGGUGGUAGAUUUAUUAAAGAACAGAGUUCCAUUGCACUUAAUCACUGGCAUUCUUGUGUACAGAGCUCAUAAUAUUCGGAAUGCAUAUCAAGAAGCAUUUGCAUUACGUUUGUAUAGGCAAAAUAAUAAGACUGGAUUUAUUAAGGCGUUUACAAAUUCGGCACUGGCUUUCACAGUUGGAUAUUCACAAGUAGAGCGAGUUAUGAAAACCCUAUUUGUGAAAAAUUUAUAUUUAUGGCCACGCUUUCAUACAGUUGUUAAUAAUUGUUUGUCUAAGCACGAGCCUGAUGUUAUAGAAUUACAUGUACAAAUCACACCAAAGAUGCAAAAUAUUCAAACAGCUUUGCUUGAUGUUAUGAAUUAUAUUGUGAAAGAAUUAAAAGCGCUCAAUAAAUAUUUAGACUUAGAAGAAUUAACUGUGGAAAAUGCAAUAGCAAAGAAGUUCCACAAGCAAUUACAUUUACAACUAGAUCCUAUCUGGCAUCAACUUAGUACAACAACCAAACAAUUGUUUUCUGAUUUAAAAAUAUUGCGAUCUCUUAUUAUAUCUUUGACCUAUGAAGAUUCAGUUUCAUUCUAUGCUAUGUUGAAUCGUUUGCGGACUAUGGAAUAUGCCGUGAAAGCCAGUGGCUGGAUAAUGUUGGAUGAAGUUGACAAUUUAUUUAAAUAUGCUAGAAGUAGAGUUUAUACAGAUAAAAAUGAACUAAAACCAGAACCAAAUCCAAAAUGGAUAGCUUUGUCAGAAGUUUUAUCCGAGAUUCAAGAGCAGAAACAUAAAAAGAAGGCCAAUGAAAAGGUUGAUAAAGUUCUUAUCUUAGUACAUGAUAACAAUAUAUGCAAACAGUUGAAGAAUUAUUUAACUAUGGGUGCAAAUAAGUACCUAUUUUAUGAAGCUCUAAAAAAAUUGUCGCAUAAUAAAGAACAAAAGAUAAGUGACAAUAAUGAAAAAAAUAUGGAAGAGGAACAAUCUGAAAAUAAUACGGAUGAAGAUGUGCAAAAUGAUCCAGACACUUAUGUACUUACUUUGACGCAAAAAUGUGCAGAAGAAACUGAGCCAAGUACUUCUACAGAAGAUAUAAAGCAUCAGACAUUAUUUGAAGAAUGCUCGCAACUGACAGAUUUAAAUGUAACCAAUUGCGCGACAUCUGCACCAAUUGUUUUCAUACAAGCUAUAAAAAAGGGAGGAGAUUCGAUGACUUUACAACGAGCAUUGGCUGAACAUACGCCGAACAAUAUUAUUUUAUACGUAGCUGAUAUUGGUACUGUGAGACAAUUAGAGGUGUAUCAAAAUAAUAAUCCAUUAUUAGAUUUGAAAGUGUAUUUUUUGAUUUAUGGCGGAUCCGUCGAGGAACAAGAAUAUCUUACCUCCUUACGACGCGAAAAGGAAGCAUUUCAUUCUUUGAUUAAUACGAAAACUACCAUGAUUGUGCCAGAAGAUCAAGAUGGAAAAUCAGAAGAUUGUCUGACUUUUGCAGUUCAAUCAGAUAAUCAAGAAAAUACACGUAAAGGUGGAAUGCAAUCUGAAGCAAAAAUAAUUCAAAAAGUUAUUGUUGAUAUGAGAGAAUUUAGAAGUGAAUUGCCUGCUAUUUUGUAUACACGCAGUAUAAAAGUUGAACCAGUGACAUUAGUGGUGGGUGACUAUAUUCUUACACCUGAAAUUUGUGUUGAGAGGAAAAGCAUAUCUGAUUUGAUUGGUUCCUUGUUUUCCGGAAGAUUGUACAAUCAAGCAGUUGCUAUGACAAGACAUUAUGCUAAACCUAUGCUCCUCAUAGAAUUUGAUCAAAAUAAACCAUUCUGUUUCCAAGGAAAUUAUUAUGUUAGCAGAGAUCUUAAAAAUACUGAAAUAACAGCAAAGCUGCAAUUAUUAACACUUCAUUUUCCUAAAUUAAAACUUAUAUGGUCUCCUAGUCCACAUGCAACAGCACAAUUAUUUGAAGAAUUAAAGCAAGGACGAGAUCAACCUGAUUCAAAUGUAGCUGCUAAAAUUGGAGCAGAUGAAGAUACAGAAAACAAACAACUAAUGGUAGAAAGAUAUAAUUCUAAUAUUCAAGAUUUUAUGGCUAAAUUACCUGGUGUGCAUUCGAAAAAUUUACGUGUUCUAUUAAAUAAAGGACAAUCAUUAAGUCAUCUCAUCAAGUUCACACAAGAAGAAUUAAAAGAAAUACUUGGGAAUACAAAUGAUGCUGAAUUGUUAUAUAAAGCUUUACAUGAGAAAUGUUUACCAACAGAUGAAAAGUUAUUGACUAGCAAAGGUACUUCUAAAGUACGUGGUAAAAAGCUUUUCUCCAAAAUAAAAAAGUGAUAAUGAAUAAUGUGUAGC